GAACAUGGGUUUCCCUGACUGUGUCUCCAUCAUGGCUGAGUCCUGGAGCCUCAGUUAAUCUGAGCUGUAAGGUUGAUCCUCCAUCUACAGGAUGGAGGUUCUACUGGUAUAAAGCUGUUCCUGAUCGAUCACAGGAGGACUACAGAUAUGAGCUGCUGGCUGACAGCAUCAAUGGGACUGUAGAGGACUCCUUCAUCAUUCAUGGACAGAGACACACAGCAGGAUAUGCAUGUAGAGCUGGAAGAGGAAACCAAGAGGAUUUUACUGAUUACAGUUAUGCAGAGUUUGUCUGGUCUGCAGAUGCUCAUCCAGCUGUGUCUGUCUCAGUGAGUCCUGACAGAGAGCAACACUUCACUGAUGAGUCUGUAACAGUGAACUGUAGAGGAGCCUUUACUCAUUCCAGAGUGUGGGGGGCUUACAAAGAUGGUCCCAUUUGGGUCAGUAAUCCCUGCCCGGACUGGGAGACGAUGAGUGGAUCCUGUAGCUUUAACCUAAAACUAGAAGAACCAAAAAAAUCCAGUUUCCAGACAGAAGUGUUCUGGUGUGAGUCUGGAUCAGGAGAGUUCAGCAGCUCAGUCAACAUCACUACAGUCGAUGGAGAUGUUCUCCUGGUGAGCCCCGUCCAUCCUGUGACUGAGGGAGCUUCUGUUACUCUGAGCUGCAGACUCAGAGGACAAAAUACACUUUCCAAUGUGUUUUUCUAUCACAAUGACAAACUGGUCCAAAAUGACAGCAGAGGGGAGCUGAAGAUCUCUGCAGUGUCUCAGUCAGACGAAGGCUUCUACAAGUGUGAACAUUCAGGAAAAGCUUCACCACAGAGCUGGAUGGCAGUAAAAGCAGCUGGAAGUUCUUCAUUUCAUGUGAUGUGGGUCAUUAGACCAGUGAUUGGAAUCGUUCUGAUAAUUCUGCCUCUGCUGGUGUGUCGGUUCAGACGCUCCAAAGGUCAGACUCUAAUAUUGUAAUAUCUAAUGUUUCACUCUUUCAUUCUCCAAACAGAGCAC